UCACCUCGACCGCCGCGCGCUUCCGCGUGACGUCACGAGAUGCCAAGAGCCGCUUCUGGACGCGUUACUCGCGAAGGAUCCGAGAAUUAAUCGCAUGGAGAAGAGACCCUCGACACAGCCUGGUGAUAAAACGCACCAAUAUGACCAGUGUGUAUACAGCACGGAUCGCAGUGGACGUUUGAAGCAGCGACAGAGCACACACAUGGGCGAGAAGCCCUUCAAGUGCACUGUGUGUGCGAAGGCAUUUGCUCGUUCAGAAAAUCUUCAUGCUCAUCAAAGAACACACACGGGUGAGAAGCCCUUCAAGUGCACUGUGUGUGGUAAGGCAUUUACUCUUUCAAAAACUCUUCAUAUUCAUCAGAGAACACACAUGGGUGAAAAGCCCUUCAAGUGCACUGUGUGUGCGAAGACAUUUGCUUGUUCAGAAAAUCUUCAUGGUCAUCAAAGAACACACACGGGUGAGAAGCCCUUCAAGUGCACUGUGUGUGGGAAGGCAUUUACUCUUUCAAAAAAUCUUCAUGUUCAUCAAAGAACACACACGGGUGAGAAACCCUUCAAGUGCACUGUGUGUGGGAAGGCAUUUGCUUAUUCAGAAAAUCUUCAUGUUCAUCAAAGAACACACACGGGUGAGAAGCCCUUCAAGUGCACUGUGUGUGGUAAUGCAUUUGCUCUUUCAGAAACUCUUAAGAAACAUAAUAGAACACACACGGGUGAGAAGCCCUUCAAAUGCACGGUGUGUGGAAAGGCAUUUGCUCUUUCAAAAACUCUUCAUAAUCAUCAGAGAACACACACGGGUGAGAAGCCCUUCAAGUGCACGGUGUGUGGAAAGGCAUUUGCUCGUUCAAAAUCUCUUCAAAUUCAUCAGAGAACACACACAGGCGAGAAGCCCUUAGAGUGCACUGUGUGUGGGAAGGCAUUUGUUUAUUCAGAAAAUCUUCAUAUUCAUCAAAAAACACACACAGGUGAGACGCCCUUCAAGUGCACUGUGUGUGGGAAGGCAUUUGCUCAUUCAAAAACUCUUCAAAUUCAUCAGAGAACACACACAGGCGAGAAGCCCUUUGAGUGCACUGUGUGUGGGAAGGCAUUUGCUUGUUCAAAAACUCUUCAUAUUCAUCAAAGAACACAUACGGGUGAGAAGCCCUUCAAGUGCACUGUGUGUGGCAAUACAUUUGCUCGUUCAGACACUCUUAAGAAACAUAAUAGAACACACACGAGUGAGAAGCCCUUCAAGUGCACUGUGUGUGGGAAGGCAUUUGCUCUUUUAAAAACUCUUCAUAUUCAUCAGAGAACACACACCAGUGAGAAGCCCUUCAAGUGCACUGUCUGUGGGAAGGAGUUUACAUUAUCAGGAAACCUAAAGAGGCAUGAGAAGAUACACAAGGAGAAAGUGAAAUCGACUUGUGAAAGUCAACGUGCUGCAAUUAGCCCAUCUCUAGUGAAACGAGAAUCGGAAGAAAAUUCCCACUUGGCAACAUGGCCAGGAGUGACAGUGAAAUGUGAAGAAGUGAGGGUGAAAUGUGAAGAAGUGACGGUGAAAUGUGAAGAAGUGACGGUGAAAUGUGAAGAUCAAGAUUCGACUCCAGGACCCAAUCUGCAAGUGGAUAGAGGCAGCGUGAAGCAGGAGGAGCCUUCCGAUUCUGAGGGAGAGCGAGGCAAUCCCCAGCAGUUUGUGGAUGUGGAGGUGUGGAUGGACUUUUUGGACAAAUCUGAGUAGGAGGGGCCAGCACGUGUAAAAUGGCACCUUGGAAGAUGUGUAACCUGGAGUUUGAGACCAUUUUCCAUAGCAUCCUCCUUAUUCACUAGCUUCUGUCAUUUAAAUAAUGAAUGGGGUUAUAGGUGUAAUUCAAUCAGAGAUGGGCUUUCUGUACAUAUGAAGUCAUUUAGUGUGAAGUGAAAUAGUCGAUAUGCAAAGCAUUAUGCUGCCUUUUAAAACAUGAAUUAGGAAUGUAUAUUCCUCAAGACACAGCUUCGUUGGGCAGGGCACAUCGCCAGGAUUUAGAACCACCGCUUACCUAAGAUUGUGCUGUAUGGGGAACUGUCCUCUGGCCAUCGCGAAAUAGGGGCACCACGAAAGCGAUACAAAGACUCCCUGAAGAAGUCCCUCACUGCUUGCUGCAUCGAUCACCGUCAGUGGGCAACACAAGCAGCUGAUCGCAACUCCUGGCGGCACGCAGUCCACCAGGCCACCUCCUUAUUCGAAGAUACCCGCAGGGCCCAUAUGGAGGACAAAAGGAGGAGGAAGAACCAUGAUCCCUCAGCACCCACCCCAGAUCAGACCUAUACUUGCAGCUGUUGUGGCAGGACCUGCUUGUCCCGCAUAGGCCUCGUCAGCCACCAGCGUGCCUGCAGAAGACGUGGAUGUCCUUCCUAGAUCUUCGUUCGCGAAGCCAAGCCAUGAUGAUGAUUAAAUGAAUAAGCAUGAAUUGUAACUGUUGGACAUUACUAUUAAAGUGUCUGUCAGGUGUGGCCGUGCUUUUCUGGAUGCUCCCAAUUUGUUUUCAUGAUGUGUUUUUAAAUGCCCUUUAAUAAAAGAAAAGGUAAGCAUUUUUGUAAUAUUUACAUUUGACUUAAUACACGAAAUAUAUAUGUUCAUAAUAUCAAAACAAUUUCAUGUCAGGCCUACUUUCUGCACUUGUUUUGCUUUUAAUCCCUUGGGUUUCAUUUAAUUGGUCUUAGCAUGAUGUUACUUUUUUAUUUUAUAUGAUAGUAACAGCAGGGGUCUGCAAUUCUACUGUACAACCCACCUGAUGGCUAUGCACGCACCUUGCAUAGUGUAUUUGUGGUUUAGAGUGAAGUGUAGUGUUAAGUGUGCAGUGCAUAGUAUGUGGUAAGUUUUGUGAUGUGUGGUGAAAUGUGUGUAUGUAUGGUGGUGUAUAGUAUGUGUACAGUGGUAGUGUAAAAAGUCAGCGAACGAUGCAGCCAGCCUUCCUGCCGCUCGAGCGUCCGAGUGACGCUGACGAGCACGGCUAGGACACGACCCAGGCAGGGACCUCCUGGACCCUCGUCCCUCCGACUCGCAGCACGUCCGUGAGAAAUCGUGAGGGAGAGGGAUAGUGUGAGGGCUCACAGAGAGCUUAGAGAUAGGUGAGGGUUGGGUACAACUAGGUGGGACGCUGCUCGCUGGGUGGUUUUGGCUCCGGGCCACGUGGGGUUUUCCUACAGUCGUGUCAGCAAUUAACUCCAGCAUAGAGCAACGAUGCCGCGUGAUUUCUGUGGGUGUGGAGAGAGCGUAGACGUGGUGUGGGUGCGUGCCUACGUGUGACGAUCGGCGCGAAUUCAAUCAUAAACCAUCCGGGACGUUCGCAUGCAUGUAUGAACAGUGGAUCAACGCGCGUGUAUUAUUAUCAAUAGUGCGCCGUGACACUGGGAAUUAGCGCGCGUAUAAGGCCAUCGACUGUUUGCACCGUGGAUUAACGCGUGAAUCUUGAUUAAUUCGCCGUUUUACGUGGUGCUUUCUCUUGUGCGCGUGGUUACACGGCGCGCUUCACGCAGUGUGUCCGCAUAGCGACGAUAACGAUCCACGGUGCGACGCGCGAACAUUACCUAGUAAUUGGAGCGUGGGGGCGAGUGAGGCUGCGUGCCGAAGUAAUCCAUUACCUAGUAAAUUGAGCGUGGGGGCGAGUGAGGCUGCGGAGUAAUUAAUUUCCUGCACCAGCACCGCAGCUGCGCUAUUUUUAGCGCGUGCACAUGGUGGGCAACAGAUGCGGGUGGCUGCGCGUUCACGUGGUGGGCAGCAGGUCCGGUAAUGCGCGCGCCCGCAGCCCUACAGCGUGGGUGGUGGGUUACGGGAGGAGUGUGUGGGUUAACCCGAGGUGGUGAGGAGCCAGCCACGAGCCAUGUCCCACAGGGGGGACGCUACAACUGAUAGCAGGUACCACCAUAGUAUGCACUGCUGUAUUAAUAGCAGGUACCACCCCAUUCAGUAUGCACUGCAGUAGUGAAAGCACGUACCACCACUGUCAGUAUGCACUGCCUUUGUGAUAGCAGGUUACACGACAGUCACUAGGCACUGCUGUAGUGAUACCACGAACCAACACAGUCGGUUUGCACUGCUGUAGUUAAAGCAGGUACCACCACAGUCCGUGUGCACCGCUGUAGUGAAAGGAGGUACCACCACAGUCGGUAUGCACUGCUAUAGUGAUAGUGCAUACCGUCAAUGUGUGUGUAAGUCCAUGUGUGUGUGUUAGUCAAUGUGUGUUGCGUGGUGUGCGUGUGUAGACAACUACUCUUUUUAAAUUAAGUUACUUUUCACAAUAAUAAUGCCUGUGUCUAAGUUUAUGUGUGCGUGUGGGUCGAUGUGCGUGUCUGCGGCGAUGUGUGUGUAAGUCGAUGUGUCUGUGUGUGUGAGUCAAUGUGUGUGUGAGUCGAUAUGUUUGUGUGUUUGUGUCAGUCGGUGUGCGUGUGUGUUAGUCGCUGUGCGUGUGUGUUAGUAGCUGUGUGUGCGUCGCUCCAUGUGAGUCAGUGUAAGUACAUUUCUUUCUGUGUGUGUUUUGGUCCAUGUGUGUGUGUGAGUCCGUGUGUGUGUCUGUUCGUACAUUUGUGUGUGUGUACGUCCAUGUGUGUGUGCCUCUGUGCGUGUGUGAGUCCAUUUAUGUUUGUGUGUGAGUCUAUGUAUGUGUGUAUGAGUCGAUGUGUGUCUGUAAGUCGAUGUGUGUGUGUAACUCUUUGUGUGUGUGUGUGUCUAAAGUCGAUGUCUGUGUGAGUCCCUGUGUGUGUGUGUGCAUUUAAGUCGAUGUGUUUCUAUGUGUGUGGGUCGAUGUGUGUGUUUGUCAUUUUUGCCCGGGCAACGCCGGGUACUUACCGCUAGUGUCAUUUUUUUGUCUGUGUGUCUGUACAAAAAUUGCGAAGGAUUUGGCUCGCAAACUGUGAGGUUUAAGUUUUUAAAAAGUAGCCAGGUACCACGCGAUAAGCCCCACGGUGAGCCAGCGCUAUUCGAUUUUCACAUCUGUCAACUUUAAAGUAGUUAAAUGAGCAAUUUAGUGCUAUUAUAUUGUGCUGCUCAACACAUGCCAAAGCACGCAUCUACGCAUGCGCGACAAAGCUGAGCCGUGGUUGCCCCUAGCAACGCAUACACGUUCGGUGGAGGGGGCAAUUCAUUUGCGUUCAAAAUGCCAAAAAAAUGCACAGGACUGAGGUAAAAUUUUCACUUUCAUGUCCUCUUCUCACCCCAAUGUGUGCAGUUACUAUAGAGUUGCUAGAUGCUACUACUAUAGGCCGUAGAUACUACU